AUGAAGCUCUUGGAAUCUUCAUUAUUGAUAUUCAUUACCUUUACUAUAUCUCUUACUUUAUCGCUGAAAGUUACACUGGAAAAGACUCUCCUGAAUUCAUUUCAUAGAAUCCAUCCUCUUAGAAAAAUAAGGAAACAAAGUCAAUUCAGACCUCUACAAAUAGAUGAUAAGAUUCAAGUACCAAUUCAUGAAACAAAUAUCGUUGAUGAUGUUGCAAGAAUUAUUGAAAAUAUUCUAAAUAAUAAAACUGAGAAUAAUCAGUCCUUUCUUGAGAGGUUACCCAAAAUAUUAUCUAAUUCAUCAUCAGAUCCCUCGGUGGUUAUUGGAUUUCCUGAAACUUCUAAUUCAAGUAAUAGUGAUAAUUUGGAAGAGGAUUGUGAUUAUUUAGAGGAAGAUGAAUUCAGCGAUGAAGAAUGUUCUGAAAAAGAAUCUCCUGAUCACCAUCAUGAUGAAGGUGAACAAAGUCAAGAAGACGAUUCUGAUUGUGAUGAAUAUAAAAGUAGUAAUUCAACUGAUGUAUAUACAACUUAUAUAAAUUCCACUGAUUCAACUUUUACAUCAACUUCCCAUAUCAUAUCUUCAAAAUAUUCCCAACAUAUCCCAUUUACGUCAAAGUCAAAUAUGUCUACUUACUUGAACACUAGUUUUGAAUUGGGCCCAUCAUCAGCUUACCCAUCACCUUCAGUAAUUAUUCCAAUUAGUACCCAAAGUAUUCAACCCCAUAAGACUACAGAACUAAACAUCAGUUCCACUUCUACUAUGUUAACUGAAACAAUUACUUCAAAUUUACACCAUCAUCAAACUACUAUCUCAUACAGGCCCAGAACAGGUAGAAAGUUUCUAAAUUUUGAUAAUGACGGACAUCUACAAAUUGGAAAUAGUAUGACCAUUAUAGAUAUCUCCGUUCCAGGCUGUCAAGAAUGUUCUCUGAUGUAUUCUAACUCUGAGGUUGAAAUUUCUCCAAAGACCACAACUUUUCAUUUAAUCGAUUCAAUAUCAGAGAGUACUGGCUAUAUAGUCAUUUCAGAAGCAACAAAGCUGAUGGAAGAAAUUUCAACUUAUUCGUUUUCCUUAAGUACAUUAUCUCUGAGUUUAGAAUCAACUGGUACUAUAGAAUUCCUUGUUUCCAGUACAUCACCAGGAUUAGGAGCUGAAAUUGAACUUAACUCUACAUUAUCUCAGGGGAGUACUGCAGAGCCCACUCCAUAUAUACCUUCAUUGAAAAGAGAGAAAUUUAAUUCUAGUCAUCAAAGACAAACCAUAGAUUUUGAUAUGUGGGAUGAAACUUCGAUUCGGGCAAGCUCUAAAGUAAUAAAAUCAAUAACUAAGCAUAGCACUAAAAGGGGAUUUUCUUUCUCUUCUGCUCCAUCAUUUAAUACUUCUACACAACCAUUGAAAUUUAAUCUGCCAUUACCAAUUACCAGAACUUUUGGGGGAGUUAUUACAAAUAGGAAUUUUACUUCACAACCAUAUCAAUUCCUUUCCGGUACUUCGGGUUUGAUUGUUCAAACAAUACUACUUCCUUUCCUAAUGAUAAUUGCUCUACUCUUAUUAUAG